GUGCGGCCCUCCUCCCGGAGCACGGUGCGGACGCCGAGGGUUGCCGCCGCGCCCUCGCCCUUCUCCGGGCUCCGCGGCUGCUGCUCCGGCCCUUCUGGGCGGCGUCGCAGCCUCAGCCCGCGCCACAGACAGAUGCAGGAAGAUAAAUAAAGGGGUUAGAAGCCAAAUAAAUGAAAGUGGAAAGGAGAACUACCAUCACUAAGGACUGAAAAGAGAGUGAACUCAUUUGUAGAGUUAAAAGAGUAUUUAAAAAGAAAGAUGGGAACUCCUGGUUCUGGAAGGAAAAGAACACCUGUGAAAGAUCGAUUUUCUGCAGAAGAUGAAGCUUUGAGUAACAUCGCCAGAGAGGCAGAAGCAAGGCUAGCAGCAAAACGGGCUGCCCGGGCAGAAGCCAGAGACAUACGCAUGAGAGAGCUGGAACGACAGCAGAGAGAGGGAGUUGAGGAUACAUUGUCUCCCCGUCUUGGCAGUCACAGGUAUGACACACUCAAGGAUAGAUCAUCAAGAGCGCCAUCAUUAAAUCAUUCUUACAGCCACUCUUAUGGGAUGAAGAAGAGAUCUUCUGGUUCUCAUAAAGACCCACUGAGUGGCCUCUACUUUGAUCAGAGAAACUAUAGCAGUCUUAGACAUAGCAAACCUGCCUCCACCUACUACUUUCGGUCUUCUUCUCUGUGUAGUGAUCCUCUGGCGACAUCUAAGAGUAAAAACAGGGCCUCCCCUACUGUAAAUUCUGGUCUGCUGAGAAGUACCAGUCUGGCAUCAUUUCAUGAUGGUGGAUUAUAUAACCCUUAUGGUUCUCGAACUCCAUCUGAAUACAGUUAUUACUCAUCAAGAACAAGCUCUACCCGAAGCAGUCCUCUGUCCAUUGACGAUGACACUGCAAGCGUUGUGUCUUCUGAUCGUGCCACUCGAGGGCGAAGGGAGAAUGUGGUUUCUACUGCUGAUUAUUUUGGUCGCUCCAAUCGUAGGGGGAGUAUUGUCUCUGAUGUAGAUGACGUCAGCGUCUCAGAUUUGACCAGCUUGGAUGAAAAAUCUGACAAACAGUAUGCUGAAAAUUACACAAGACCCUCAUCUCGAAAUUCUGCCUCAGCAACAACCCCUCUAAGUGGAAACUCCUCCAGACGGGGAAGUGGGGACACCAGCAGCUUAAUAGACCCAGACACCUCGUUAAGUGAAUUGCGGGAUAUCUAUGACCUGAAAGACCAGAUUCAGGAUGUAGAAGGGAGAUACAUGCAGGGGCUUAAAGAACUAAAGGAGUCUUUGUCUGAAGUGGAAGAAAAAUACAAGAAGGCCAUGGUUUCCAACGCACAGCUGGACAAUGAGAAGAACAAUCUGGUCUACCAGGUAGACACCCUCAGGGAUGUUAUUGAAGAGCAGGAGGAACAGAUGGCAGAAUUUUAUAGAGAAAAUGAGGAAAAAUCAAAGGAGUUAGAAAGGCAGAAGCAUAUGUGUAGUGUACUGCAGCAUAAGAUGGAUGAACUCAAAGAAGGCCUUCGGCAAAGAGAUGAGCUCAUUGAGGAGAAUCAGCGCCUACAGCAGAAAAUAGACACCAUGACAAAAGAGGUGUUUGACCUCCAGGAGACCCUGCUUUGGAAAGAUAAAACAAUUGGGGCUCUAGAGAAACAGAAAGAACACAUUGCCUGUCUCAGGAAUGAGCGAGAUGUGCUCAGAGAGGAGCUGGCUGACCUGCAGGAGACAGUGAAGACAGCAGAGAAACAUGGUUUAGUUAUAAUCCCAGACGGCACUCCCAAUGGUGAUGUCAGUCACGAACCCAUGGUUGGAGCCAUUGCUGUUGUGUCUCAGGAAGCUGCUCAGGUCUUGGAGUCGGCAGGAGAAGGACCACUAGAUGUAAGGCUACGAAAGCUUGCUGGAGAAAAGGAGGAGCUACUGUCACAGGUUAGAAAGCUGAAGCUGCAGUUAGAGGAAGAACGGCAGAAGUGUUCCAGGAAUGAUGGCACAUCUGGCGACCUAGCAGCACUACAGAACGGCUCAGACUUGCAGUUCAUCGAGAUGCAGAGAGAUGCCAAUAGACAAAUUAGUGAAUACAAAUUUAAGCUUUCAAAAGCAGAACAAGACAUUACCACCUUGGAACAAAGUAUCAGCCGGCUGGAGGGACAGGUGUUGCGAUACAAAACUGCUGCUGAGAACGCAGAGAAAAUGGAAGACGAACUGAAAGCCGAAAAGAGGAAGCUACAGCGAGAGCUACGAACAGCACUGGACAAGAUUGAGGAGAUGGAGAUGACCAACAGCCACCUGGCAAAGCGGCUAGAGAAGAUGAAGGCCAACAGGACGGCCCUUCUAGCUCAGCAGUAGGGAGGCCACCCUUCGACCUGGGUGCUCCCUGAGGCCCUGCCCAAGAGACUGACUCUUUUGUAUAUUGACACAAACCCCUUUGAGUACUGUUUGAGUCUUGUCAUUAAAAACAGCUACCUUUGUAUUUUAAUUUAUGAGAAUGAAGCAGGUUUGAAUCGUCAUGAA